GUCUUUCCGGGUCUCGUUUUGAGCUGCUGGUGCCCGUCUUUACGUCCAUCGUCCCACCAUGCAGCGUGAACCUCCAAGGAGGAAGCAGGAGAAGAAGGCGGAAAAGCGUCUCUUUGACGCCUCGUCCUUCGGGAAGGACCUGCUGGCAGGCGGGGUGGCAGCGGCCGUGUCCAAGACGACAGUGGCGCCCAUCGAGCGGGUGAAGCUGCUGCUGCAGGUGCAGGCGUCGUCCAGGCAGAUCAGCCCGGAGGCCCAGUACAAAGGCAUCGUGGACUGCCUGGUGCGGAUUCCGCGUGAGCAGGGUUUUUUAAGUUACUGGCGUGGGAAUUUGGCAAAUGUUAUCCGGUAUUUUCCAACACAAGCUCUAAACUUUGCUUUCAAAGACAAGUACAAACAACUGUUCAUGUCUGGUGUUAAUAAAGAAAAACAGUUCUGGAGGUGGUUUUUGGCAAACCUGGCUUCUGGUGGAGCUGCUGGGGCGACAUCCUUAUGUGUAGUAUAUCCGCUAGAUUUUGCCAGAACCCGAUUAGGUGCUGAUAUUGGAAAAGGUCCUGAAGAGCGACAAUUCAAGGGUUUAGGUGACUGUAUUAUGAAAAUAGCAAAAUCAGAUGGAAUUGUUGGUUUAUACCAAGGGUUUGGUGUUUCAGUCCAGGGCAUCAUUGUGUACCGAGCUUCUUAUUUUGGAGCUUAUGACACAGUUAAGGGCUUAUUACCAAAACCAAAGGAAACUCCUUUUCUUGUCGCCUUUUUGAUUGCUCAAGUUGUAACUACAUGCUCUGGAAUACUCUCUUAUCCCUUUGAUACGGUUAGAAGACGUAUGAUGAUGCAGAGUGGUGAGGCUGAACGGCAAUAUAAAGGAACUUUAGACUGCUUUGUGAAGAUAUACCAACAUGAGGGAAUUGGUGCAUUUUUUCGUGGUGCCUUCUCCAAUAUUCUUCGUGGUACAGGGGGUGCUUUGGUGUUGGUAUUAUAUGAUAAAAUUAAAGACCUCUUUAAUAUUGAUAUUGGAGGUAGUUCAUCAGGAGAUUAAAUUGAGAAAUGAAUAUAGUUAACUUAUUAAACAUACAAAUUACAUAGCUGCCAUUUGUGUACAUUUCGAUAGUGUGUUAUUACUGUCAGUAUUUUCUUAAAAUGCUAAUUCUGCAAUAAAGGAUAGGCUUUAUUCAAGGAUUUAAAUACUAAAAAAAUCAGAUAAAUGCAGUUUCUUUCCUACUUAGACUCUAACUCACUUUAAUGAUACAUUUUACUAAUUAUAAGUGGUACAUGUUAUUUUUAUUAGUUUACAAUCUUUUUCUUACUUUUUUGAUAAAAAUGUAAACUGUAUAAUGCUAAAAUCUAAGAAAUGAAAGUAUCUUCUUUUAAAAUGAUAUUCUUUUAAUGUAACUGUCUCCCCAUCUUUUAAAAUCAUAUGAUAUGACAAAUAUUUCUUAAAAGCUUAUUAGGAGAUGUCAUCAUGAUAUCUAUGGGCAUAAGUAAGCUUUCUUCUACAACAUCUCUACUAAAGCAGCUCAGGCUAUUACUGUGUAUAGUGUUUAUGGUAUCAUAUAGCUUUUAAUAAGCACAGAGUCUAGAUCUGAUCAUACAAAAAUUGACAGUGAGUUUAAUGGCACUGUAAACCUGUAGUUGGAAAGUAAAAGAUUUAAAAAUGGCCUAUCUGCCAACUUUUAUCUUUAAAAUAAAUAAAAUCUUGCUAGUGUGAAUAUAUCUUGGAACAGAAAAUAUCCCCUUGAAAAUUAGUUUGUGUACUUUGUAUUGAUGAUAAUAAAGGAAGUUUAAAACU